CAAAACUGAUUAUCCUCCACCUACCCCUGGCAAAAUCUCACUUCCGAACUCGACGCGUCAUGCAAGUACUGUUGUAGGCUGCCGUGGCCGCCACGAUGGGGGACGUGGAUGCGUACUGUGCUACCUUUGAGAACUCGAUUUCGUCCCCUUACAUGAGUCAACUGCUGUGGACUGGGAUGGAUGCUUUGAUCUGCCAAGGAGUUCUCGUCGCCCCCAACUUCGUCCUCGUUACUCGAGUAUGCGCCCAACGACACGAAAUACUUCGAGCGAAGACAGUUGAAGCGAGCAAAGUGGUGGUAGGGGCUAAUCGGUUCAAUGGCGGGGCAGAUGACGGCGAGUGGAUCCCCGUGCUCAAGAAACACUACAGUGCCAAUGCCACCCUGGAUUUUGUAAUGAUCGAAUUAGCUCGACCAUCCAAGUUCCCGCCAUUACGGAUCCUAUGGGAUGACGUCGCACCUGGCAAUCUCGUGUGGCUACGCACGUGGAUCCCCUACAUCAAGCACGAGCCAUUGAAAACCCUCAAGGAAACCACAGUGAAAAUCCUUUCAAAUGCCAAGUGUCAGACCCUACUCAAUCGCACCGUGUACGAUGACCAAGUGUGCGCCGACAACGACAACAUUAACUUCAGCACUUGGGGAAUUUUUGGAUCCCUCGUGAUUGAGAUCGAUGGAAGCGACUAUGUCGUUGGCAUGUUAACACUUGUCGAUUGCGUACUAGUUCCGACGUGGCAGAGAUUCAACCGCCUUUCGGCUGGCCGCUCCUUCAUCGAGCCAUUUCUGUGCAACGGAACGUAG